ACAAAAAAAAUCUUCCUGUUAAUCAUAAAUCCCAGACUUCUUGUCUCGUCGGUCUACUCCUAUAAAUUUUUCAGAGUAAUUUUCAUACUUGUUGAAACUGUCCAUUAGUUUGCACUCCUUAGUUUGAAGGUACUUUAUCGUUUAUAUCUACCUGGAAGACGCCCAGAAAGGAUUUAAAAACUUGCAGAGAAGAAGAAAAAGUGAUUUUAGUUAGUCAAGAGAAUGCAUACCAUGUGGAUGUUCGGAGUGUUGCUCUUUGUGGGAGUUUUGGGUGUUAAAGAGGAGCCCUGUGGGCAGGUUUCAACUUAUGUUCUGAUGGAGAUUCUUGGUCCUGCCUACAACUAUCGCUACAUGCGCCUGGACACACCGUCUGAUGGUGAAGAGGACGUUGAAGUGGCCCUCAAAAGAGAUACAAUGAAAGAUCUGGGAUCAUUCUACGUCGCGGAUGGUUUUGUACUAGAACUCGAUGAUGAACCAGCUUGGACCAGGACGCCUUCGAAAUUUAUUCCAGCUGCUGAAAGAAUUCGACGAAGUUCCGAUGAGGAUCCUGAAGAUCGUACGAAGAGAGCCAUAGAUAGGCCUAACUGGAGUUGCGAAGCACACAUUCGCUGGCAAGAUCUCGGGCCAGACUACUUUCCGCGCUACUUGAGAUCCGUUGAGUGCGUCCAGGCCCACUGCUACUACGGCCACUACGACUGUCGUCCGCGAUUCUUUAGUGUUCGUCUCCUACGCCGCAGAAAGGGUGAGUGUGCUGCCCUGAAGAUGGAUUCCGUAGAUCUCUGGGUGUGGGAGGAACGUGCUGUUGCUAUGUGUUGCGAUUGUGUCUACCGUCAACGUGCCUAAUUUUUAUGUCAGACAAACCGAAAUAUUUUAAUUCAAUGGAUUUUCAUUUGAGCCCCAAAUAGUUUUCCCAAAAAAGCCCUAUCGGGGAUGAGAACUGGGAAAUUCUUGCUACAUACAGCAUAGGAAAAAAAUUAACUUAUGGAGCUCAUCUGAUAAUUAUUUUUACGAAGACAAUAGCGCUAAGAAUUAUUUCAAGAAAAAUAAUCAAUUGCAACAACUGGACUAAAUCUUUUGUAGAACUUUUCCUAUUUUAAAGAGGAAAAAUAAAAUAAAUUGGCAGCAAAAA